CACUCAGCGCCGCAGUUUUGUACGUUGCUUUCUAUUACAACUUCCCACAAUGCCGCUAUAUUUAGCGGACUUCUUUUGUAAAACCGCACAUCAGUUUAGCAACGUAUUCUUUUGCAAAUCGCUGAACCUUGGCGUAAAAAUGUUGUAACAGAAGUUGAUAAGAGGUCUGAGGUUCGAAUCGCUAGGACCCUUGCUCUGUCUUCUUUAAAAUUUUAAAAUUAUUUUGGUUCAACGUAUCCGAUAUACAUAAUAUUUCUGGAGUAUAUACAUAAUACGGGACUAGAAUCGUCCCUUUCUUCAAUGGAGGUCAGCGGCUGUACUGUGGACUAAAGAGUGCGCAGAAAUGGCUGCAGGUGAAAUGAACUGGACUUUAUUUGGCGUUCUGACAGAAAACAGUGGGGGGAUUCAUCUUCAUCAUUACGGUUAAAGUGCUUCAACGUGUGGUCGCAUGCACUUAGCUUUUCUGGUUUGAGCCGAGAAUUGUUCUCUGCGGCCGGGCCUGGGUUCGAUUCCCGAGAAUCGCGGUGGCGUAAAGCAUUUUUCCUUGCAUUUUGUAAUGGAUUGUGGAUCGGGCCCGGCUUUAAGCACCGGCCGCAAUUGUGGCGUUUAAUUCGCCUAUUUGUCACAUUUUUCUCUCUAUUUGGUGUAGUUUUCUUGGGAGCUGAAAAUUUAAGAACAGGUUUUCAUGUUGGAUAAGAGUACAAAAUUUGAAUACUACAGCAGAUGCCAGUCAUGAAAUCUGGAAGCAUUUCGAAGAUAUUCAUUCGCGCCAUAGCUGGUCUUCUAAGUACUUCAGUUUCCCAGGGGCAUAGGAGCGGAUAAAACAUCUACGGCCAUUUAAAGACUUCAAGCAGCAAGGGAAAUGAGAUUAAAAAGAUGCAAGGAUUAUUUUUGCUGAUUAAAACUUCUGUACGUAACAGAGAAGACUUAAGCUAGGCAGAAGUAAUGGAGCCAAGAUUUCCAGGGUUGUAGCAUUUUUACAAUAAUGUGGAUACAACAUGAAGUUUUCUGCUACAUCGCUUGAAAUUUUCAGUCCUAAGUAGCUAUAGCUUCAACCAUUUCUGGCAUUUCAUCCCUUGCACAGGAAUUUCCAGGUUUUCAUCUACAAUGUUUGAGGGAUUCAUAUUUUUUUCCCAGCAAUGCCGUUUCAGAGGACCCAGCCCAUGAUUUGCUUCUUAAAUCCGCCAAAGUGAGCCGUACAUCGCUACUAUUGGCAGUAUUCUGCAGAACACUCGUUACUAAUUUAUCCGCUUCAAUCCUCCCAAAUGAGCUGUGCAUUUGGACUCGAACAGGGAUGUUUUAAAUCCUAAGAGAUAAAAUGACUGGUUAGGGUUUCAAUUGACAACAUUUUGGUCUGCUGCACUCUACUGGGGCAAGAAAUUUGGCUCAUCUUGCCCUAUUUUGACAAAUUUUCGGGGUUGUGAAGUAAAUGAAUAUGGAAGGUUAUCCAUUCAAACGAUUGCCACACAAUGGCGAUUCAAAUGGCUUGAGCUACUUCACCAAUGGCAACGGAAAAAAAACACAAUAUGCCUUCAAAGGCCGCACAAAUUCAAGCAAGAGUGGCGGGUCUGUCAUAUUCGAAUCUUGGCGAUGGAAAGCCGCGAUCUGCAUAUUUAUGGCAUGUUUUUUGGCGGCAGAUUUCAUGCUUCAGGGCACCAUAACUACGUUGCUGAGACAUUAUGACACUACUGAUUCGGAAAAAAAGCCAAAUUUGGCAGAUCCAACAGCAGUCAGAUUUGAGCCAAAUUUGACGGAGAUUUUAGAUUCUGGGGACAGAAUAAAAUUUGUGCCUUUUAAACUCCUUGGCAAGUUCAGGGAAAAAAAUGGAGGGACGAAUUCUACUCCAGACAUGGAGCAGAAAAAGCGGUUUCCUAUCAAAGCGCCUAGAAUUGCACUGGUCACUGGGGACCUUUCUAGAAGCCCGGACCUUCUUUUGCUGCUCAGCGUUGCAAAAGCAUUGCAAGCAUUGGGAUAUGUUUUGGAGUUGUAUUCUCUUGAAGAUGGACCUGUUCGUGCUGUUUGGGAGAAGAUAGGAACUACCACCAAUAUACUGCAAAGUAAUCUACAUCAACCAUUCAUGGUCGAUUGGUUAAAUUAUGAUGGUGUGGUGGUCAACUCUCUUGAAGCAAAAUGUGUCAUUUCUAGCCUCAUGCAGGAUCCUUUUAAAAUGGUACCUGUGGUAUGGAUUAUUAAUGAGAAUUCCUUAGGAAUGCGCCUAAGGCGUUAUACUUCAAGUGAACAUAAAAAACACAUCAGUGACUGGAAGUCUGCAUUUGGUCGAGCUGAUGUGGUUGUCUUUCCAGACUAUUCUAUGCCGAUGAUGUAUUCCAUACUUGACUGUGGGAACUUCUUUGUUAUUCCUGGUUCGCCAAAGGAAACAUGGGAGGCAGAACAUUUUAUGGCUGUACAUACAAGACAUGAAAUGCAACCCAAAUUAGGCUUCACAUCAGACAACUUUGUAAUUGUAGUUGUUGGAAGUCCGUUUUCUUACCCAGGUGUAUGGAAGGAGCAUGCACUGGUAAUGCAGGCAAUUGUGCCCAUAAUUGCAGAAUUUAAUGUGGACAAAGUUAUGAACGGUUCAUUAAGGGUUGCCUUUGUUAAUAACAAUUUAAACAGCACCUAUGGCGUGGCUUUGCAGGCAAUUGCACUUCAGUUGGGAUUUCCAGCUGGGGUUGUGCGAUAUAUUUGUAGUGAUGACGAUGUCAACAGCAUAAUGAGUAUAGCAGAUUUGGUGGUUUAUGGAUCCAUUCAUGAAGAACAGGCAUUUCCAUCUGUUUUGCUGCGGGCAAUGUCCUUCAAAAAGCCAAUAAUUGCUCCCAACCUCACUGUUAUUCAAAAAUAUGUUGAAGAUAGAAAACAUGGGUUUCUCUUCCCACUUGGAAAUGUUCGCAUGAUGACAGAAGUAUUGACUAUGGCAAUAUCAAGUGGAAAGUUAUCUGUUUUAGCCCACAAGAUUGCAUUUGAGGGUAGCUUACAUGCUAAGAAUCUAAUGGCUUCCAAUUCUAUUGAAGGCUAUUCUGCGAUACUUGAGAAUAUUCUACAGCUCCCAUCUGAAACAGCAGUUCCACUCCCUGCUUCUGAAAUUCCAGGUACAAUAAGAGGAAAGUGGCAGUGGCAGUUAAUGGAGGAAACAUUAGAAUCAGAUGACAAAUAUUUGAAGCAAGAUUUGAAAAAAACUAGUAUAGUUUUCCAGGUUGAGGAGCUGCGGACAGAGAGUCCUCCCCAAGAAGAUUUUUCUUUAAAUGGUAGCAUUAUACAAGAAGAAACUUUCAGUUUGUCAGACUGGAAGGAAGAAAAGGAAAAAGAAAUGGCAGAAGACAGAGAGAGGAGGGAGGAAGAAGAGUUGGAAGAAAGAAGAGACCGGAUGAAGAGAACUUGGGAGGAAGUUUAUCGCAGUGCCAAAAGGGCUGAAAGAUCAAAAAGUGAGCUGCAUGAAAGAGAUGACGGUGAGCUGGAAAGAACUGGGCAACCAUUAUGCAUAUAUGAACCUUAUCAUGGACAAGGUGCUUGGCCUUUUCUACAUCAUCGUGCACUUUACAGAGGAAUAGGUUUGAGCACAAAAGGCCGACGGCCAGGGGCUGAUGAUGUUGAUGCUCCAGCUCGACUUCCUCUUCUCAACGAUGCAUACUAUCGGGAUGCCCUCUGUGAAUAUGGUGCCCUUUUUGCCAUUGCUAAUAGAGUUGACCGGAUUCACAAAAAUUCUUGGAUUGGCUUUCAGUCAUGGAGAGCAGUUGGACAAAAGGUGUCCCUUUCUGUAUCUGCAGAAAAGACAUUGACGGAGGCUAUUGAAAGAGGCAAGCAUGGGGAUGCUGUUUACUUCUGGGCAAGGAUGGACAGAGAUGCUAGAAUUGCCAGUGGAGGGGCAGCUUUGCCAUGGCAGGAAGGUUUUUGGCCCUUUUGUGAUGCCAUAAAUGCUGGAAACUGCAGGAUUGUGUUCUCAGACACGUUAAAAAGGAUGUAUGGUCUCCCCAAAACUUGGAUGGCAGUUCCACCCAUGCCGUCUGAUGGGGACUCUUGGUCCGUCUUACACAGUUGGGCAAUGCCUACAAAAUCAUUUUUGGAGCUAGUAAUGUUUGCAAGAAUGUUUGUGGAUGCUUUGGAUACACAACAUUACAAUGAGCAUCAUGAUAAUGGGAAAUGCUGCUUGAGCCUUUCAAAGGAUCCUCACUGUUACUGUCGAAUGCUGGAGUUGCUUAUGAAUGUAUGGGCGUACCAUAGUGCAAGAAGAAUGAUCUAUGUGAAUCCAGAAACGGGACAAAUGGAGGAGCAGCACAAGUUGAAGAGUAGGAGAGGUCGGAUGUGGGUUAAAUGGUUUAAUUUUAAUCUUCUGAAAAGCAUGGACGAAGAUUUGGCAGAAGUUGAUGAUUCUGAGCAUCCAACAAAGCGGUGGCUGUGGCCUUCAACUGGAGAAGUCUAUUGGCAAGGGAUAUAUGAGAGGGAAAGACACCGCCGUAACCGAUUGAAAAUGGAAAAGAAGAAGAAGAGCAAGGAUAAAUUAGUACGCAUGCGAAGUAGAUAUCGACAAAAAUCGCUUGGGAAGUUUGUUAAGCCACCUCCAGAAGAACUUUCCAACAGUAAUGAAACAUAUAUCAAACUACCAACAGAAGAAUUUUCGAACAGUACCAAGUUAUAUGUGAAACUACCAUUAGACAAAUUUUCCAACAGUACUGAAACGUAAGAUCCACUUAUGCAGACAACCAUGUGAUCUGAAAUGUAUAUUUGGUAUCCUGCACAUUCCUUGCCCAGGUCCAACUGCUUUAUCAACUGCACGUUUCAGAACAAAAGGAUUACAAGCUUUGGGAUCUCUGGUAGCAUUAUCCUCGGAACCUACAAUAUUUUGUACCAUUAGAUCAAGUGUCAAGAAAGAUUGAUGUUUAUUUGCCUGUCCUUUUAUAUAUUUGUAGGUUCAUAUUCGAUUUGGAGAGCAAUAUGUCUCCAUUGCAAUUGCAAUUUCAAAUUGUAUGUAAAAUUCAAAUUCAGUCAUUAAUGACCUCUAGUUUAGCCUCUGAUUUUUAGGAUUCUUUCACAUUUAAGACUAGAGUUGGAUCUCCUCCUUCAAGGAUUCUUCUUUGUACAAUACAGACAAGAAACAUGACCUACAAUUUUUGAGCAUUCUUUCUUGGACAAGGAUCAGGUUUCAGCAACUCAUUUGAAAGACCAAGUUGAAUGAAGUUUUGGAAUUCUCUAAACUUUUGGUUCAAGCCAAUGAAUCAACCCAUUUGUAUAAUUGUUUGUGACAAUAUAGUUUAACCUCAAAUUUUGGAAUGA